UCACGUUGGGGGAUACUCAUUCCCUCACCAAAGUCUAUCUGUCUGCCGCUCUGUCCGAUCCCUCUGUUUUUCUCAACUUUUUUUAUUUUUUUUAUUUUUUUUCUUUUCCUCUUUCCACCCCCUUCCCCUUAAAUACCCUGCUUCCAUCUUCUCUCCCCUCAAACCCCACUCUCUCUCUCUCUCUCUCUCUCUCCUCCCCCAAGAAACACAAACACAGAAAAUAUCUGAGAAAACUCUUGUGAGGGACUUUUCGUUUAGUGGGUGUUGUGGGGAUCGAGCGAUCGAGCUGCUAGCUAGCUAGCUAGACAAAGACAAUGACGAUGAGCAACAACGUGGGGCAAUUUGGAGACACGACACUAACAAAAGUGUUUGUGGGAGGGCUGGCAUGGGAGACGCCGAAGGAGGCCAUGAGAGAGCACUUUGAGAAGUACGGCGAGAUAUUGGAGGCUGUGAUUAUCUCCGAUAAGAUCACUGGCAGAUCCAAGGGCUACGGAUUCGUGACGUUCAAGGAGGCUGAAGCAGCUAAGAAGGCUUGCGAGGACGCCACGCCGAUUAUCAACGGGCGCCGCGCCAACUGCAACCUGGCUUCGCUCGGAGCUCGCCGCCCAAGGUCGACGGCUUCCACCACUCCUCAACAACAAGGAUCCAACGGUGGACCGAGGCCCACGUCAGCUGCACCGGCGAAUCAGAUGCAGUGGUACUACCCGGCGGCGGCGGGGACACCCCCUUCGCCCUUUCAUCAUCAGCAUCAUCAGCCCGUUCCUUUCUAUGGGUACUCUCCCACAUACAUUGCCACUGAUAUCAGCUACAAUCAUAAGCUAAACUACAGCGGAGGGAGCUACAUGAAUGGGCAUUUCUCUCAAGUGUAUCCGGGGCAAGCUAUGGUGGGUGGCAACACAUUGAUGCCCAUGUACCCUUAUUACCAUUACCAUCAAUCACAAACAAUGGGCCUACCAGCCCACAUCUUCUCGCCAACAACAGCGGGCCCCAUUGCCUCCGUCCCGGCGAUCAUGUCAAAACCAGCAUCAAUUGCUCCCACCACAGUUUGCUUGGCUGUGGAAUAGGUACAAUGGGCGCAGAUGAGAGGUUUAAGAAGGUUGGGUAAGAGGGAAGAGGGGGCACUUAGUUGGGAAUAACAAAGCAGGGGAAGUUGGUGGCUGCUCAGAACAACCUUAUUAUCUGAUCUGUCGUGGCUGCUCUUUCCAAUUUUUUCAAUUUCAAUUUUUUUUUUUUUUUUUUUAAUUCUUAUUCUUAGUUGCUUGAUAGGAUUCUUUCAUUCUCAUUCUCUCUCUCUCUCUCUAACACCUCAGAUUUGAGCUGUAAUUUCUGUAAACCAUUUAAAAAAAUGAAAACUGAAGUCCAUGCUUAUCUGUUAUUACCCAUUAUCUUCUGGGUUGCUUUUUACA